AUGCACCGUCUACAGCCCAGUUUGAGCGUAUCGGGCACAUUCCAUGCCUCUCCAUAUUUCCCCAUCUUCAUUGGGUACCUCCACAUUACCCUUCUCCCAGAAGAAAACUACCGAUCUGGGUGGACCAUACCUGACGACGAGCUCGAGCAGCUCGAAGAAACUCCUGCAAACCGCGAGAGGAUACAAGCGGCAAGGCUGCAGAACCUUUGUCGCGUGGCCGCCAGACGGAUCCCUUUGGAUCUCCUUCCCCAUUUCGAAAAGUUACACAUUGAACGGUCCCGGCUGGAGAUCCAACACCCUUUCUUUGAUUCUGGGGUCCUGUCUCCGUUGACGGUUGAGCUCGCUUCUAUUGCACGCAGUAUAGACGGUAUUGGAUAUGCCCACGCCUACGGGGCUUUCAAUCUAGCGUAUGGGAUCGGCACAACAGUCGGACCUGUUAUCGGUGGUCAGGUUGGUUCACGUUUUCGUUUUGCGUACAAUCGGUUCACAGUCCUAGAUGCUACGACCAUAUCACGAAAGGAUGGCUGA